AUGAUGGCUGCCUUGUUCAACUUCUUGGUUGUCAUUCUCUGCGCUGGUUCCUUGGCCCUCAUCUUGCCGGAGAAGACGACGGCUCUCGUAGUGGAGAAGACAGCUCCGGACCUUGAUCCAGUAAACGUGUCAUUCAAUGAGACGGAUCUCACCGCGGAAGAAGAGAACGACCCCAAUGCCCCAUGGAACCACGAGGGCAAGAACCCCUACGACCUCGCAGAUUACGACCCAAGUAUGAACGAAACCAAUCACACGCUUGAAGAGAUUGAUGCAGCUUUGCAGUCUCGCUUUGAGGCAGCAGAAGAGAACUUGGCGGGCAACAGUACCAACGAGACUCCGAGCGAUGUCGAUGCUCCUCCGAGUGAGGUAGAAAGCACCGAGCUGGCUGCAACCGAGGCUGCAGAAGACGAUGUCAAAACAGCUGAGCCACUGACUACCGAUCCGGAAGCUGGUGCCGAGGCGAUGGAACCGAUCUCUUCGAUGGCGCCGGUGGCAGAGCACCACCCCGAAGAUGUUCCGGCAGAGCCGACAGAUGCUCUCGCAGAGCCAAUGGAGGUUCCGGCAGAGCCGACGGAUGUUCUGGCAGAGCCGACAAGUCUUCCGGCGGAGCCGACGGAUCUUCCGGCGGAGCCGACAGAUCUUCCGGCGGAGCCGACAGAUCUGGCAGAGCCGGGGCUUGAGCUUGGUGAGCCUGGUGGCGAGCUUGAUGAGCCAACCAUGGCUGCAAGUGGAGAAGUGGAGAAGGCAAACACCAUGGCUCCAACAGAGGAGAUUGCCAGCAAGAUUCAUGGCUUCACUCUGUCCUGA